UUGAAAUCUGUCUUUGUUUUGAGAUCGUUGAUGUUAGCAGAUUUUGUUGCUUCAUAAUUUAUUUAAUAUUUUUAUCGGUAUUAUUUAUACGAAAUCAUGGAGCCGAAAACUGAAUUACAGAAGAAUGCUACUAUUGCAGCUCGUCGUCAAGAGUUGGAUGUAUAUCAGCGUGCCUUAGACAUACAAUGGCUAAACAGUCGUAUGGAGGAUGGCAGAAUGGGCCGCUGCCUUGCCCUCAUCCAGCGAGAGGCAGAAAUGGAAAAAGAUUUUCAAGAGAGAACAGAUCAUGCAGCUAUAGUGAAUGCAAGAGCCAACAGGGAGACUGCCCUUGGUAUAGAAAUAGCUAAAGUGAGGCGUGAAGAGGUCUGUCAACUGCUCCGCAGGCAUUACCUGAGAGAGCGAGACCCAAGUCUGAGGGAACUAGCUCGGAAGCUGCAAGCUGGCUAUGUCUGCAGAGACUUGCAGCAACAAAUCCUGCAUAAUGAAUACAAGAGGUGGGAGGAAAGGGCAGAAGAAAAACGCGCCAAUGAUAUACUCCUGAAUGCUCUAUAUGGUGACAAAGAUGCUAAAAUACGAGAAGAGAGGGAGAAGAUGGAACGCAACAGUCAGUACUGCAAGGAGUUGCAGCAACAGCUGGUGAACCGGCAGCUACAGAAGCAGUGCGAGUAUGAAGACACCCUCAUUGAGAAGAAAAUGCUUGAAGAAAUUAUUAAGACCAUGUCUGAUGAGGAUAUGAGAGAACUCCAACAAAAGCGCGAACAGACUGAGAAGAUGCGUAACGAGAUGAAAACGUUCCAACAAGCGCGAGACUCCUGGCGGGAGAAACAGAAGGAACUGGUCAUCAUCGAGGAGCGGAAGAUUGAGGAGCAGAACAAGAUGGUGGCUGACAGGAGCUUGGCUAUCAUUGCAGAGAGAGAGCGUCGAAUCAAGGUUAAAGAGGAGUUCAACAAAAGAAUUGCAGCUCAAAUUUUAGCUGAUGAGGCCGCUCGUCAAGAACGAACCAACAUCAUCAAGUUGUUGCAAGAGCAAGAGUACUUGGAGAAGAACGUGCAGGACGACAUCGCAGAGAGAGAGAAGCUGGAGCGGGUGCGUCGCGACACCAAGGAGGCCCUCACCGCGCAGAUGAGGGAGAGGAGGGACGCGCAGCGGGAGAGGACCGAAAAGGAGGCCGCCUUCCGGAGAGAGACUGAAGCAAAAAUGGCGGAUGAUGAAGCCAAGGCUCGUGAGAAGCUGCGUCAGAAGCGGGAGCAAGGCAAGCUGUACUCGCAGGAGCUGCUGCGGCAGAUACAGGAGAACGCGCGCCGGAAGGCAGAGGAACAGAAGAUGGAGGAGCAGCGGGCCGUGUACGUGUGGGAGUGCGACAAGAAGUGGCAAGAGGAGGUGUCGAAGGAGCGCGAGAAGAUGAUAGAGGAGCACGUGCCGCCGCUGCUGGGCUACCUGCAGGCGGGCGUGGUGCAGCGCGCGGACCUGGCCGCCGCGCGCCGCCCCAAGUGCAACGCGCAGUGCCGCGCGCUCCGGGACUACUAGCGACCACAGGUGACAGACCCAAUGUCUAUCAUGGCCAAAGCAACGGACCAGUUACGAACAAAAUCAAUCGCAAAAAGAUUUCUCUUACCGUAUGAGCAACCUCUUACGUGACUACAAAUCCUUGAUAAUUCCUUAAAAUAUUUUUCUGUACCGUUUCAAGUACAUAUAACAGACAAAACACUUUUUACUCGUGGUCCUUUAAGCAUCUCAGAUCUCGUUUUACUUGCGUUGAACUACAAUGCUUUUGCCUUCUACAAUCCACUAGUUUACAUAAUGAUAGACAUGAGACGUUUGACUAUGACUUUAAGAAGAAAAGACAGUGACAUGAUAAUAUUAUGUUCACCCCUGAGGGCCUCCCAUCACAUUGCAAAAUAAUGUUACUCGUAUUGCAUAUACAAUACAAGUAUGAAAAUAGCUACACUCUUCGUCGUAUAGCAUUCAAUCAGACAUCACAGAUAAUUUCAAAGUUUCUCUGACAGAUUUCUACGCUUUUAAGGUUAAACCACUUCAACUGUUUUGAUAAAAUAUGCAACAAGGGUAACUUAUAGUAAAAAGAAAUAGUUUUCCACCGAUAACCGACAUAAACGCGGAUGACACCGCUGGCGAAAGCUACCGUUAUGUACAAUCUGUUAAAUAAUAUACCUUAAGUAUAUUAUAAGCUCUCAUACCAUUUACAAAUAAAUGGUACAUACAACUUAGUUAAGUAUUUAAAAAGGAUAUUUAAAUUUAACUUCUCUACUGAAGUUUAAUGAAAUUCCGUAUAAUAUUACAUGACUUUUUAGACAAAAAUGCAAACUUGCUAUUAUACCUCUGCACUCAAACAUAACUGUGACAAAUAAAUAUAAACUUUGUCGCGUAAUAUAUAAGUGCUGAUAUAAAAUGCAAGUAAAAUAUUUGUUUCAUAUUAAAGUGGUGCAAUGUUAUAUUUUGAAAAGUUUUGUAGAGUAAGUUUUCGUAAGAAAAAAUAGAUUGAUAUCAUAUUAAAAAUAAUAGCUUUAACAGUUUUUCCACUUAGUGGCUUCCGCGUGGAGGUUGAUUAUCAGGGCAAAACGAGGCUUAUGAUAUUGUCUUAGAAUUCAAGUUAUCCUUAUAACGAAUGUUAUUGUACUAGUGUUUUUAAAAAUGACACUCAGUAAAGUUCCCCUUAUCCUUGUCAUUGUCUACUGGAAUGUAGACACCGAGAGAUACUGGAGACCAGUCGUUUAUCCGGAGAUCAAAGAUUUAAUAAUGAAACUGGAUCUAAAUGAAAAACGUAUUAAUAUAAUAUAUUUUUGACGGGUCCUCUUAAAAAAUUUCGGAAUUAUCACAGUUUAUGGAUUAAAUUUUUAGUUAAUACAUUGUAGUAAAUUUAUUUAUUAAAUUCUUCAAUUCAAUGUUUUUUCAAAUUAAUUUAACGUCAGUUUUAAGGGAUGAUAGGAAGAAUUAAAAACGGUUGCACUGCUCAAUCAUUUAAUAUUGAAUAUUCAAUUCAUUUAAUUUCUCAAUCAUUGAAUAAUCAUUGAAUAACUAUUUGCAUUUACCGGGUUUUUUUUCUAACAAAAACAUGUUAGAUUUAGGUUGCCUUCGAUAAUAAUAACCCCUUGCGACCAGUUAUUAUCUCUCCAUGGGAAUAACGCAAGACUAGAGGGCACAUUAGUUUGUUUUUUAAACCUUGAG